CUGCUGCUGGCGACCCUGGCAGGGGUGGCUGUAGGAGUAGUGCUGGGAACUGCUCUGUCCUUUGCCAAGCUGUCGCCGCUGUCGCUUGAAAUUAUCGGCCUUCCGGGCGACCUGCUGAUGCGCACGCUGAAGAUGCUUGUGCUGCCGCUCAUAACAGCUUCGGUUAUGGCAGGCGUGUGCGCUUUGCGGCAGUCCACGGCCGACAUGGGCAAGGUAGCUCGUUACACGCUGCUGUACUAUUUCGCCACAACCAUGGGCGCCGUGGUACUGGGCAUCGCCAUCGUCAAUAUCCUGGAUCCGGGCUCUGGGGACGCCGGCAGCUGCCACGCAGCCAACCAGGCGAAGGUGGCCAGCCACACGAGCGCUGCGGGACAGCACGGCAGUCCCGUGGAGGCGUUCCUGGGGGUCAUCAAGUCGGCCUUCCCGGACAAUGUGUUCCAGGCGGCGGCGAGCAUGAAUGUGCUCGGGAUCAUUACGGUGUCGCUGUUGAUGGGCGCAGCGCUGUCGGCCAUGGGUACCGAGGCGGCACCCAUGGUAGCCCUCAUCAACGUCUUUAACGACGCCAUCGGCAAGAUUGUCAACUGGGUCAUUUGGACGUCCCCCAUUGGCAUCGCUUCGCUCAUCACCACGUCCAUCUGCAGGGCCUGCAACCUGGCAGCUACUCUGGUGGCCCUGGGCCUCUUCAUCCUGGCUGUGCUGCUGGGGCUGCUGCUGUGGGGCUUCAUUGUGCUGCCCAUCAUAUACUACGUAACCACGCGGCGCAACCCUGGACAGGUGUACAGGGGCUUCUCCCAGGCCAUGGUCACCGCCUUCGGAACGGACUCAUCCAACGCCACGCUGCCCAUCACAAUGCGUUCCGCCGUCGCCAUGGGCUGUGACCCACGGGUCGUCCAGUUUUUCUUGCCGCUGGGCACCACCGUCAACAUGAAUGGCACAGCGCUGUACGAGGCUGUCACAGUCAUUUUCAUCGCACAGGCCCACGGAGUGGUCCUGGGCGCGGCCGGGACCGUGAUCGUCGCACUGACGGCCACGCUGGCAGCUGUGGGCGCGGCGGGCAUCCCAUCCGCGGGCCUGGUCACGAUGCUCAUGGUGCUGCAGGCGAGCAGGGAUAUCGCCAUCAUCCUGGCUGUGGACUGGUUUCUCGACCGCUGCCGGACCGUGGUCAACGUGCUGGGCGACUCAUUCGGAACGGUACGUGUAGGGCAGUUAGGGGUGGAAACAUACGGUUCUGCGGUUUACGGUUUACGGUUACAGUAA